UUAUAAAUAGGGACAAGCACAAGCCUUCCACCAGAAGCAAAAAUCUUUGUAUUCAAAUUACCACUCCAACAUCUCCUCUCUUCCCUUCAACAAUGAAAGACCAGUUCUCACCCACCAUUUUGCAAAACGAGGCACUCGCCAAGUACAUUUUGGAAACAAGCGCUUACCCAAGAGAGCAUGAGCAGCUCAAGGAACUGAGAAGCGCCACCGUCCACAAGUACCAAUUUUGGAGCUUGAUGAAUGUGACUGCUGAUGAGGGUCAGUUUCUGUCCAUGCUCUUGAAAAUUAUGAAUGCCAAGAAAACAAUAGAAGUUGGAGUUUUUACCGGUUACUCGCUUCUCACCACAGCUCUUUCUCUCCCUCACGAUGCCAAAAUAAUAGCUAUUGAUCCAGAUAGAGAAGCGUAUGAGACUGGAUUGCCAUUCAUUCACAAGGCAAACAUGGCGCACAAAAUUCAGUUCAUCCAGUCUGAUGCCACCACAGUCAUGGACGAACUCAUGGCCAAGGGCGAAGAAGGGACAUUUGAUUUUGCAUUUGUGGAUGCUGAUAAAGAAAACUACAUCAACUACCAUGAGAAGCUGCUGAAGCUUGUUAGAGUCGGAGGAAUCGUGGCCUACGACAACACGCUUUGGUCGGGGACAGUGGCAGCAUCCGAGGAUGAUGACAUGCAAGACUAUUUGAAGGGGUGCAGAGGUCAUAUUAUGAAAUUGAACACCUUCUUAGCACAAGAUCCUCGUAUUGAAUUGGCCCAACUUUCCAUUGGAGAUGGACUCACUCUCUGCAAGCGUCUUAAAUAGCUUCUUCUUACAACAUGUGCUACUCAUGUACUCUCUAUUACAUUAUACCUAUUGUCUGUUCAUUUGUUGUUAUUUUCUCAAUUAAUUACUUACUCCUCAAUUAUAUAUAUAUAUAUGUGUGUUUCUUUCCA